AUGUGCGGCAAGCCCAUCCUGGAAGGUGUGGAAGUCUGCCAAGAUUAUUUGUUCAACAAUCUUCUCCCUCUUGCUGGAGAUCACGGGCUUGAGCACAACCGAAAAGGCGGUUCUUCUGGCAAAAUAAAACUAGAUUCGCAGCCUACAAUCUGCCUGCUCAAAAGACCAGGAAAGUUUCCUGUGAGGCGAAGAGCCAUGAUACUGAUUGCUCUAAAUACGCCCAAAGUUACUGGAUUACUUGGCCUGUAUAUGAAGGCCGGUGAAGCAGGGAGAAUAGUGGCUUCGUGGAUCUAUCCAACCCCACAAUAUGGUGGUAGUCUUUCACUUUCCAGCGGUGCCGCUUUGGAAGUUUUGAAUAAAUCCAAGGUCCUUCAAAGACUUCCAGCGUGUCGAGUCAUUGCUGCCAUGAUCUGCCAUGACUACAACAACAACCAAGCCAAUCAGAUCGGAACCGUCAUCCGUGAGGCCGCAAGAAAGCUUCUGGAUGAAUGGCAACACUGUGUUUUCAUGAGCCAGAUUGGUGGCGCCAGAGCGACGAACCAUCACAAGAGACGCCACAACAGAAAUCGGAGGCCUCUGAUCCACAUGGCCACCCAUGCAUUUCACACUUUGGUAGCCCAUCCAGUUGGUGCGCAUCGAGAUGUGUUUGCCAACAAUGGAACUGACUGCAUUGAGAACAAGCUUAUCUUGGUCAGCUCUGACUGGAGCCCAAGGAAGGGAAACCAUCUUGUCAGUCGUGGCCGAGGUGGGUUACCAAGCUUCUUCACCUUUGCAAUCCUAGAUUGGGAUGGCCCAUCCGUCCGCCGCCGCCGCCGUUAUGAGGCACUUGGUGGCCGGGAGGAUAGAAUCACACACCGCAACCCUGAUACCUUCGGAGAGCUCAUAACUACCCAUCUGACUGAGCUUCAGCAAAUGUGGUGGAACAGUAUGAAUGAGAAUCAGCAAGAAGCCUACGUCGAAGGGCUGGCUAUCCCUGGGAUGGUACCACCACCAUUGGGUAACGUGGAAGUCCCAGCUCCAGGUGGACCAGAGGGUUUCAAUAAUUGGCUGCAUGGGAUCCAACAAGCUGAUUGA